UCUCUCUCUCACCCACACACAAGUUUCAAGCAGUCCGAAGAAGAAGAAGAAGAAGAAGAAGAAUCAGACCUGAUAUUCUCUCUCUCUCUCUCUCUCUAGAUAUCUCUCUCUCCACAAGACUUUACUCUCUUUGUGGUUCUCUCUCUCUCUCUCUCUUCUUCAUCGGUCUUCGCGGUUAAAAAAGGUACUGUUCGAUCACGUCAGUGUCGGUCUCAUUUGUUGUCUCUAUAGCAACGGUGCAUCUGCGCCAUGACGAUGUACAUCUAACUCAGGGUUCAGUUAGUUCUAGGAAAAUAUGGAAAUCAUGUGGUUUCCCUUUUUGUUUUUGUUCAAUUAAUGGCUCUUUCUUCGCCUCCAAUUCCGGAUCUCUCUGGCUUCUUCUUAUUUUUACAAUUUUGGCUCACUCUAGUUUCCCUUGCAACGUAGCAGAAAAUCGACUUGAAGGUAGGUUUUCAAAGGUCCUGACAUAGCAAUUCUUCUGAAGUAUCAGUGCAAGUGAUAGUUUCUGUUUGAGUUGAUUUAUCUGGUGCAUAUGAGUGAUUAUUAUGGGGUCUGCUUGUUGCGUGGCUUCUAGAGAGACAACUAUAGUGGCUGCUAGGGAGACAACUAUAACGAAUGGACCAACCAGCGAAGUUGUACAAAGGAAUGUUAGGUAUUCACCAUCAUGGAGUUUCCGGUGGGAUAACAGAAGGCGAGUGGCAGGGGAAGAGACUGUGAAUUGGCUUUCUGAUGGAGUGAGCAGGAGUGGAGGAUUGGGAGUUAAAUCUGGAACAACAGUAGAAACUGCUUAUGCAUCAGAAGAAGGAAGCCCAUUGGAUAGCUCUCAGACACUGACAGGGCCGAGGUCUCCAAUCUCGGAGAGAAAUUCAGGAACUUCGAAGCUUCCUUCAUCAGCGGAUCAAUCACAUUUUAGAAGUGUUCCGUUAGAGGUGAAGGAGCCAACAGAAUCUCCAGCAGUUUCAGAUCCGUCUCCCAUGAAACUGCCACCUCCUUCGGUGCAUUCAAUAUCAUCAUUAUCUCCAUCCCCUGUGUCCUCCAAAAACCACCUACUUCCUGUGAGCCCAAAUCCAUCACGGUGGUCCCAUAGUUCCCCAGGACACCACCUACGACAAGGGUCUGAUAGCCGGAUUCCAGGACAUAAGUCACCAAACUUCUCAAUCUCCGAAGAACCAUCUUUUCGAUGGAGCAAUGAGUCAACCGGGGCGUCUAACCAUGGAUCCUCAGAUGGUUGGUCCUUGCCUGCCUUCUCUGAGCUCAUGGCAAAUUCUCACAGAGAAAGGUGGUCUUUUGACAGUGAGUCAUUGGGGUUCAAUUUUGAUAAGGUAACCAGGUCUAGUAGCCGACUUUCAUCAUCUGUGUCCAUCGAUAUGCGAACCUGUGGUGUUUGCUCCAAGCUGUUGACUGAGAAAUCUUCAUGGGGUAGCCAGAAAAUUAUUGCUACUAAUGAGUUAGCCGUGGUUGCUAUUCUAGUUUGCGGACACGUUUACCAUGCUGAAUGCUUGGAGAAUAUGACACCUGAAAUCAACAAGUAUGACCCUGCUUGCCCGGUUUGUACUUUUGGGGAGAAGCAAGUUUUGAAAUUGUCUGAGAAGGCCUUGAGAGCAGAAAUGGAUUUAAAGGCUAGAAACAAGAGAUGGAGGAAUCAGAUUGUGAGUAGUGAUCUUGGCAGUCAUUCUGGUGUGCUUGAGGGUCGGAAAAGUGGUGGAAUUGAAGAGAAAGGUCUCAAGAUGGUCUCGAGUUCCAGCAUGAAGAGCUCAUUUGGGAAGCCUUUCUUGACGCGACACUUCUCGUUUGGGUCAAAAGGGACUAGAUCCUUGUUAGAGAAUCACUCUACUCGAAAGAAGGCAUUCUUCUGGUCAAAAUCUAGCAAGUAGUGAGCUGCAUUAAGGCCUUUGAGAGAUUCCAUGAUUGAUCUUCGUGUGUAAAUCUGGUUGGUCAGGGAGCUACGAAGGAAGCAGGACGUUGGUCAUCUGGAUGUUUAUGAACUUCUCCAUUCAUAUAGUCUGAAUUUCAAGCAGGAAUAGCUUUAGCUUCUGAAGUUACACUGUAAAGAAGGGGGAAAUAAUACGAAAAAAGAAUUAAUCGUUUGGAUAUAUACAAGAAAAAAAGAAGGGAAAUGGACGAUUGAUUGCUCGUCAGUCUUCUAUUUUGUACAUUUUAAUUUGUUCUGUUGCCUGGAUUAGUUCAUGAAAACAUCCAGAAGAAAAUUUGUACGACUUUAGAUAACUUGGUUCUUCCUGAAAAGUGAAGUUUGCAAA